AUGAACAACGAGCAAAUUCUUUUUGACAAUUUUCCCUUAACCUUCCUGAGUAAUGAUGUAGAUAGUGAGACUUUUGAAGAUGAAAAUGAAAAGAAUUAUCGUGAAAAAAUAAAAAAAAUUAUGGAAGAAUUAAAAUUGCUUAGAAUGGAAAUUAGCGAAAAACAUUCUAUAAGAAAUAUGUUAGAAGAAAAAUUAGCCAUAUUACAAAAUGAAGAACAAAUAAAACAAAAUAACAUGAAAUAUAUUAUGAACAUUUGUGAUAAGCAAAUGUAUGAAAGGGAAAUUCUAAAUUAUCAUAAUAUCCUAGAUCAUCUGAAAAAACAAAUCCAAAAUAGUAAUUGUAAAAUAAAACUUUUGCUGGAAAAAGAAUUCAAAGUUAGAAAGCAACUUCAGUUAAGUUACAUGGCCUUGCAUGACUUACUCAAUGAUCGUGUUCAGAACAUUAUAAACGAUUAUGUGAAACAUCGCAAAUGUGCUUGUGCUAUAUAUGCUUACCGGCAGGAGAACAAGGAAAAGCCAUGA